AUGGUCAGACAUCCAAAACCGUGUCCGACAAGCUAUGGCGUCAUCGUCUUGGAGGAGGUCUUUGAAAUUCACAAAACCGCCACGGCGCUCAUCCUGGGUGUCAUGGUGUCGUGGGCUCUGAUUGGCACCGGAGUGACGAUGCCCAGUCAGGAGUUCGAGGAGGCUGUGGCGGAGACCUUGCACGACGUCAGCGAGGUGGUCUUCUUCUUGGUGGGUGCUCUGACAGUGGUGGAGAUCAUGGAUGCGCACAAGGGAUUCGACAUCAUCACCGCGUCGAUCAAGGCGACCAAGAAGAAGGAGUUGCUGGUCAUCAUCGGCGUCUUGACCUUCUUGACAGUGGUCAUCGUCAUGGUGUCCCUCUUGAAGAAACUGGUGAAGGAAGAUGCCUUCCGAAUGAAGUUGGGCGGCCUGGUGGUCGUGGCAUCCAACGCCGGAGGUGCGUGGACGCCCAUGGGAGAUAUUACCACCACCAUGUUGUACAUCGGCGGACAGGUGACCACCGUGCCGCUGUUGGGAAAUCUCAUUUUCCCUAGCAUCAUGUGCCUGAUUGGCACCCUUGGAUGGGAGCUCAUGCAGAUGGAUGAUGGAACUUUUGAACGACCCAAGGCCGAAGGCGGCGAACAGAAGGCGCCCGUGGGACAGUCCUUCGUCUUCUGGGGAGGCCUCGCUGGAAUGAUCUUCGUGCCCGUCUUCAGCGGAGUCACCCAGUGCCCUGCAUGGAGUGGAAUGAUGUUGAACCUGGGUAUUCUGUCCUUGAUCGUUUCUCUGCUCCAUCCUCAUGACAGCCACUUCUCCUUGCACCAUGCUCUGCAGAAGAUCGAAAUGGCAGAUGCCCUCUUCUUCUUGGGUGUGCUCUUUGCCGUUGGUGGCCUUGAGAGAGUUGGCAUCCUCAAGGCCCUGGCCGAGAAACUCAGCGAGAUUUGCCCUGCAGACUCCGUGGUGGCCAUUUUGCUUGGCUUCGCCUCAGCAGUCGUGGACAACGUGCCCUUGGUGGCUGCCUCUCAGGGCAUGUAUGACCUCACCCAGCACCCCCCCGAUGAUGCAUUGUGGAACUUGAUCACCUACUGCGCAGCCACCGGUGGCUCCUUGUUGGUCAUCGGCUCCGCCGCGGGGGUGGCCUUCAUGGGAAUGGAAGAGAAAGUCUCCUUCGGAUGGUAUCUGAAGGCGAUUGGCCCUGCGGCGCUGAUCGGCUACUUCUUCGGGGUUGCGGGGAUGAUGGGACAACAGGCGGCGGGCCUGGCUGCUUGGUCAAAUGGUGGCUCUCACCUCCUGAGUCAAUCGGACGUUCGGGUGGUGAUCAAUCCGCACGAGUUCACGUCCUCUUUGAAAGUCUCUACGGCGAGUCGAGUGCGGCAAAAAGUCGCGGAUUGGGGGGCCCAAGGCCCAAGGCCCAAUGGCAAACUUGACCCAGCCAAGGUUGGCAAAGAAGGAAUUGCUGAACAGUACCACCUGGUGCUCAUGAUCUUGAAGGGCUUUGCUGGUGCAGCCGUAUUGUACCUCCCGCGAAGCUUCCUGAACGGCGGCCUGGUCUUGGGCAUGGUCACCUUGGCAGCAGUCUGCUUUCUCUUCACAGUGUCCAUGAAGAAACUCAUCGAUUGCGCUGAAACAGUGCAAGUGAAGCGUAUGACAGAGACGAGCAUGCGGCAGCAGCAGUAUAUGGAGCAUGGCCUGUCGAAACUCACAGUGCCUUCCUACGGCGAUAUGGGCGAAGAGGCCUUUGGCAGACUUGGUCGUGUGCUGGUGGAGCUCUCGAUUUGUGUGUCGCAACUGGGAUUUUGCUCCACGUACUUCGUCUUUGUGAGCGCCAACGUCUCGGAGGUGCUGGGCACAUUGGCGGGCUGUCAGCACGUCAUGUCGCAGCGCUCACUUUGCCUGCUUUUGGCGAUGCUGUGGACACCCCUAGCACUCAUCCGGAGCCUCAAGCAUUUCUCUACCUUGAAUCUGCUGGCAGAUGCUUGCAUCCUUCUGGGACUGAUUGUGAUCCUAGCGGCCGCAGUGCCGCGCUUGCAUGAUGUGAUCCCAUGGGAAGUUCCCCUGAUGAAGAUGGACAGUUAUCCCCUCUGUUUGGGGACUGCAGCUUUUGCCUUUGAAGGCAUUGGCUUGGUGCUGCCGAUGUACGAGGGAACACAUCCCAAGAUGCGGAAAGAAUUCAAAGGCACAAUGUCCUGGACUUUGGCUGGCUUGUGUUCCUUCUUCAUUCUGUUCGCCAGCGUUGCCUAUGUCUCUUUUGGGCCCACCACACGCACCGUGAUCUUGUUCAAUCUUCACAUGGGAGGACUGAAGAGAUUGACCUCGCAAGUCCUCUUUUGCAUGGCGCUAAUUUGCAGCUUGGCUGCCGGGGUUGGCUCCGGCUUUUCCACGAAAAACGAGGAGCAGGCCGAACCUCGAUGGGAUCGCCGAUGGGGACGGAACCACGAGCAGCCCACGGCAACGGGGGCCACAACGGAGGAGCCACAGAGUAACACCUUGGUGAAGAUCGAUUGGGGGCGGCAGCAACGUGCCGCUUUCCAACGUUGCUUCCUGCCGCAAUGCAACACCGAGCUGCCGGGGGCGGAGAAUCUGAGGCAUCAGAUGGGUAUUUGCAUUGAGGAUAAAGGGGAUAUGCAUGUGCUACCUGCACCCACUGCAACCUUUGAUGAGCUGAACCACUUGCUGCCCAGUUAUGUCUUGGACGGCCUGCAGUGGAAUGGCAUCAAGAACCCCCUGCCCAUCCAGGCCCAGGCUUUGCCCUUGGUCUUGUCUGGGCUGGAUGUCAUCGGGAUUGCUCAAACUGGAAGUGGCAAGACUUUGGCCUAUCUGCUGCCGGCCAUCGUCCACAUCGUGGCGCAAGCGCCCAUCCGCCGCGGAAACAUCACGCCCAUCGCGCUGAUCAUGGCUCCGACGCGCGAGCUGGCCGUGCAGAUUGUGGAUGAAGCUCAUAAGGUCCUGAAAAGAUCCAAGACCCCGGAGCGUCCCGAAGGGGUCUGGGCAGCGGCCGUGUACGGUGGAGGCAAAAAGUACCAGCAGUUGAAGGACAUGGAGUACGGAUGCGAAAUCGUGGCCGCCACGCCGGGGCGUUUGAUCGACUUUAUGGUCACGAAAAGCCUGUCGUUGGAGCGCGUGACCUAUUUGGUGCUCGAUGAGGCUGAUAGGAUGCUUGAGGAGGGAUUUGCCGGAGAAGUGGAGUCCAUCAGCAGUCAGGUGCGUCCUGAGCGUCAGGUCCUGUUUUUCUCGGCUACCUGGUCUCACGAUGUGCAGAAGCUGGCCGCCGGGCUCUGCAAUCAAGGAGCCCAACCGGUGCGCAUCAGCGUUGGCCAAGACGAGCACGGCUCCCUCAGUGACCAGAAGUCGCACGUGCGCCAUGCGCGCGAUGGCAUUGUGCAGACCGUCAAAGUGGUGGAUUUUCCCGAUGACUACGAAAAACAGGUGGCGGAGAAGCGCAAACUUCUGGAUAACUAUCUUCAAGGAAUUUUGUGGAACGGUCCAGAGCACAAGGUGUUGGUCUUCGUGUCCCAGAAACAAUAUGCCGACGAGCUGGCCACAAAACUCUGGGACGCGGGCUUCAAAGCCACCGCCAUGCACGGCGGAAAGAGCCAGGAGUCUCGCUUGAGGACUUUGGAACAAUUUCGCAGCGGCGAGUUUCGAUUGAUGGUUGCCACAGAUGUCAUCGGACGCGGCAUUGACAUUCCCAGCGUCUCCCAUGUCAUCGUCUUCGAUAUGGGCUCCAUCGAUGACUACGUGCAUCGGAUUGGCCGCACGGCCCGUGGCAAGGACGGACAUGGACAGGCCAUGGUUUUCUUCGAGUAUUGGCACAAGGAGCCUGGGAUCGCGGGCGAGCUCUGCGACUUGUUGGAGGCUUCGGGGCAGGUGGUCCCAGAGGACUUGCGACGCAUUGCGCAGGAGGUGGAAGCAGGAAAACGCCCCGUCUUCAAGCCAAAGGAGAAGUGGAACAACCGCCGCUGGAACGACCGCUGGAAUGAUGAUGCCGAAUCGAAGGCAGAGCGAUCCAACGAAUGGGGCAGCAUGAAGCUUCCCGCGACUAGCGCGGAAGUUGCGCUGGUGGUUUUGCUGAGUUGCGGUGGCAAGACAUCUUCCAUGCUCGGUGAGGUCUUCGCAGCCAGUGAGGCUUUCCGCGUCAGUCUGGUUGUGCUCACCAUGAUGGUGGCAAUUUCCUGUGCCUCGCGAUUGGAAAGUUUGGUGGCCAUUGUUGGUGGAUUGGCCUGUGCACCUUUGGCCCUGGUGUUUCCACCUGCACUUCAUCAUAUGCUGGUGCAGAUGCCAAGUGAAAGUGGGUCUCCUGUGAAAUUGACAAGCCAUAAACCUACCAUGUCAUCACUGGGGAUGGUUUCAAUCCCACCCAUUUAUGGUCACACAUCAUGUCCGGAGAUGGUUUAUGGUUGGGUUCCCCUCUAA